CACACUCUGAAUAUUGCUCAAGGCAAAGCAAGGUACCUGUUGGGAGAGAUUUUUAAAUAGUGCAGCACCUGUCGCUGAACAGCUCCAGAAGAGAUCAGCAGCAUAGCUGAGCCAGGCUUCGUUCUGCAAACACAGGCAAGUACAGCCACUGUUAUGGGAAAUGCACAGUUCAUUCCAAAAGAAUCUGAAGACCAAGGUCCUGUUAGUGAAAUAUCAUAUUCACAGGUUUCCUCUGAACCUUCUGAAAGCCUUAAGAAUGGACCUGUCAUCAUCCAACCGGUACAGACAGAGCUUUCUGCGAACAGCGACACUGUGGAUGCAAGAGUGAGUGUUGGCCUGGACAAUGCAGCUGUUUCUUCCCAGAAAACAAUGGAGAUAAGCUCCAACUCUGAGGCCAGUGGAAAUAAUCUCGGGAAAGAAGCCAAACCAAUCCCACCAGCUGCCAAAUCUCGUUUUGCCAUUGCAUUUUCACGGUCUGUACCAGGACGUACUGAAGCGCAGGCGACAAAUUCAUCCGUUGGAUCAGCUCAACUUGAUGUCAGCUCAGAGGCGGCUCAAGCAAACAAAGCAUCGAGUGAAAACAGGGAGCUUUCGGUGGCAGCUGCAGCAGAGAAAGCGUCUGAUAAAAACCUAAGUGAGGCAUCUCACAGUGAAACUGAACUCUCAGCAACAGCUAAAGAGGAGAAUGUCCCUUUACCAAAGUCCAAAGAGUUAACCUUUUUGGACAGACUCUUCAAAUUGGAAAAAGGAAAACCUAAGAGCAGAGAACAGGAGCAAAGUCAACAGGAGGUGACUGACAGCAAUCUAGAAGUAGGCCUCUCCUCAGAAGAACCUGCAGGAUUACAAAGCACCUCAGAUCAUGAAUCACAGGGAAAGAAUUUAAUAGAUGAGUGCAACCAAACCACUCUGCAACAGGAUAUAGCAGUUGCAAAUUGUUUGGCCUCUGAGGAUCUUGCCCAAGAAGAGAGAAAAACAGAGAACAUUAAUAUAGCAACCAGGACAGAUAAUAACAUCAUGAGCUUCUUCAAAACACUGGUUUCACCAAGCAAAGCUGAUUCCAAGUGUGACACUGAGGAUAAGGGAUCUCAAACAGGCCAUGGUGGGCAGCUUGCUGAGAAGACGGCGACUGAUUCCCUUGUCAAAAGCACCAAGAAAAAGAAGCCAGACAGCCCACGAUUAGGACAUAGUACAUUUAGCAAACUGUUUAGACAUAAGGCAAAAAAAGAUAUUCAACAGAAAGCAAAUACCAAGCAAACCGAGCAGCCUGUCCCCGUUGUUCCUGUUACAAAACCGGAAAUAAACGUGCCUCCACCUCAGGAAAGUCCAGCAGUGAAGCCAAUUGUGAAGCCUCCAGAAGCUCCAGUACAACAACCACAACCAGCCUCAGCAGCUGUGGUUGUCACCAAUGAAGCUCCCAAGGAGAUGACCAAGGAAAGAUCUUCUUCUACUCCCACACCCAUAAGUAAAUUCUUUUGGAAAAAGACUCCCACAGAUGACAUAGAGGUGAUAAACACCGAAAGAAUUGAAGCAUCUCCAGAGACCCCAGUGAAAGUUGAAAGUAGGAGCCAGGAAGUUGCAGAAACCAAGUCUAAAGGAGAGGACAAAUCUGAGAGGACCAAAACAAAUCUGAGAAAAUUCUUUAAACUGUCAGUCAGGAAUGACACAGGUGUAACUCCUCCUGAAAUAAAUGGGCCAGCAUCAGAUCACCAAACCCUGGACUUCACAGACAGACCUUUGACCCAGGCUGAGAAUCGAGACCCUGCAAGCAAAGGGAGCCGCAAGAAUUCAACAGACAACCCAAACAAGUCACAAGAAAUUCCCCAGAAAACCAAGGAUCCACAAGAAUCCAGACAAGAAGAAGCAGCCGAGAUAGACUCCCUUCAGAAUGGAGAGGAUGCAGCACAACAAAGCCCCCUCAAGCGAACGGAGAAGCGACAGACCUUCGGAGGGUUUCUCAAGGGCCUUAGUCCCAAACGGAUGUCAGAUGCUGGGGUACAAACAGAUCCUGUGUCUAUUGUGUCUGUUGUGAAACCCAAAUAAUUAACCACUGGAAGUCUCUGAAGAAUCACUGGAUCACCAUUACUUUUCGUCCUUUCAGGACAAAAAGAAAAAAGAAAUGAUUGGUAUUGUUUAUCCCUCCCUCUCUCCUUCCCUUCUUUUCAUGGCUGUUGCGAACUAAGUCCUAAGGGUUGAUAUACAAAUCCAAGGUCAUCCUAAGUAAGGUAUUUUGUGCGCUGUCUGUGUGGGUGUAGGUGUGUCUGUUUCCAUUAUCAUCCACCCACUGCUUCUCCCACUGCCUUGCCAUCCUCAGUGCAGUUCAGUCUGUUGAAUCACUAUGUACAUCUUCUGUCCUACUGCCAUGAUCACACUACCUUCCAUGGGAUGACCAUGAGGCAGAUUUAUCUAAUUCAGUGUUCUCAUUGGUCAUGCACUCAAAAAGGGAGCAUCUGAUUGGUUUAGCUGCCUGACAUUUCUUUUUUUAACACUUAGCAAUAAAAUGGAGUGGUGGGGCUGCAGCCAAAUGAAACACUAUCGAACCUUCUUACAGCUCUGGAUGCAUCUAUUGGGCUAAUAUAUGCUUUGAGAGACUACCUAUUACAGAACAUAUUCUCUUAAAAGUUAAAAAAAUAACAAAAGCUUACAGAAGCAAUAAGAUUUAAAGGGAGUUCAGCAUCCAGAACAUCUGGUAGAUUCAUCAAAAACCAAAAGUGGAUAGACAUUACCAGUAUGGGGAAAUGGGUUAAGAUUUGUUUCAUUCUUUUUUCUGAAUCCCAAAAACAAAACCAACAUAAAGGAAACUGGAGAACACCUACAUACAAAUUUAUAUACAUUAUGCAUUUCUAAUAUAUGCAUUUCUGAACUGAGUACAUAAUUUAGACACUGAUAUUUCCUAUACAUCUUUUUAGCUGCAAAUCACAUCACAGAAUUGUGCAAAGUGUGGAUUGUGAUGCAGAAGAAACACCUCUAAAUUCACAAAAAGUGACCUGCAUACAGUAUGUUUGUAUUCUUUAAAUGGAGGAAAAUAUAUUUCUCCUCUGUGCCUAUCCAAACUCUAUGGAAUGUAAUUUCCAUCCCAAUUUCUUCAAAUGUCCUAAUUUUUAAGAGAUCAUCUCAGGGCAUCUGAUAGCAGGUCCUACGGCCCAUUUAUCACUCCAGAGCCCUGUUAGAUGAGAACAGCAGACGAAGUCUGAUUGAACUUUUUGCAAGUAACAGAUUUUAUUAAAAUAUGUAAACUUUCAUGAGUGAGACUGUAGCUCUUGAAACGUACAUCGUUCUAUAAAAGAUGCUAUCAGAAACCUCUGGAUGUCUUGGUUAUCAUGGACUAGUCCAGCUCUCUUUCUACAAUUAGAGCAGUAUAUAAGCCCCAGUAAAUAAAUAAUAUAAAUAAUGCAGUUUCAUGAUCUCUGAUUAUGAAAAAUUCUUUGCAAUUGCUCUUGGCUGCAGCUAAAUCAAUCAUUUCAGAACCAGUUUGGAGUAUGAAUGAAUUCUGAAAGUGUCCUCUUACUCAGAUUAGAAUAUCAGUCUUGGAUCAUCUGUCUUAGUUUGCCCAGUUAUGCAAAGAAUACCAUUUGUAUUAAUGUGUUUGCAAUUUGUUUAUUUUUCAGUAAUUUACAUAAUGUAAAUUCACAGUUUCCCUGCUCUGUGAGAACAUAAUUGCAUAUAGAAGCAUGAAGAAAAUUAAUGGUUAAUGGCUGUUCGUGUUGUACUUAUUAACAUCAUUUGAACAGAUCUAUAACAAACGGGCAUCUCUAAGGGGCAGUAAAAAAAAAAGCCCAAUAGCAACUGUGCCUGUGCAAAUCAAAGCUCCGGCCCCUUUUUGUGUGUGUGUUAUGUUUGGCUUUCUUGGCCAUUAGUAUGGGAUGAGCUAUGAAAUGGUGGAUAAUUCUGAAAGCAAAGGCUAAUCGAUAUGCAGGCUCUCCCUCUUCAAAGCAAGUGGACGUUUUCUUUAUAAUUGCUCAAAAUCUGAGUCCAUUCCACCCACGGGAUAUCUGUUCGAAGUGGCAAACCAACUUAUAUUUAAGAUUAAAAACAAACAAACCAUUUGGAUACUGAAUCUGGCCUCUUGUAAAAACAAUGCACAAAUAGUCUUCUACUUACGAUCACAAUUCAGCCCAAAAUUUCUGUUGCAAAGCGAAACAGUUAUGUGAGUUUUGCCAGAUUUUAUGACCUUUUUUGCCACAAUUGUUAAGUGAAUCACUGCAGUUGUUAAAUUAGUGACACAGCUUCCCCGUUAACUUUGCUUGUCCAAAGGUGACAAAAGAUAAUCUCAUGACACCAGGACAUUGCAACCAUCAUAAAUAUGAGCCAGUUGCAAAGCAUCUAAUAUUUGAUUGCAUGAUCAUGGAAAGGUUGCAACGAUUAUAAAUGUGUAAAAUUGUCAUAAGUCACUUUUUUCAGUACCACUGUAACUUUGAACAGUUACUAAAUAAAUUGUUGUAAAUUGAGAACUACCUGUACAUAUUCUAUUAGGAUCUGAAAAUAUGUCAUGCUUCUCAUGGGUGGUCUUGGGUUAAUUUUAAUCUUAGCUAGGAAUAUUGUGGGUUAUAGUAAAAUAGUGGUGCUAACGUGGAGAUAAAUAUUCUUAAGAGCCUCUCUCAAAGUGUAGAAAGACUUAGAGAUAGCCUUGGAGAAAUUAUACAGAGGUGAUUACAGCAGGGGUGUCAAACUGCCAGCACAUGGGCUGGAUGCAUCAUCUGGAAGCCGCGCCCACCCUAAUGGCAAAACCAUCCCAAUACGUCGUGCAACAUCACAUGACGUCGCGACUUUGACAUGUCUGCUUUAAGCCCAAGAAAAAUGGAAAACAGCAGAAAGAAGCCCAGUUUCGCUCCUUAAUACACUAAAGUCUAACAAUGAGGGAGGAGAAAACUCAAUCAGGCAUUCAAAUUCUCUGACUAUGCCCUAUGUCAGUAAAUAAAGUUUCAAUAAAACUCGUAGAAUUGGUUUUCUGUUCUAACCUGUCUCAAAGAGCUGACAGUAAACCAACUUCAAACAAACCCUGUUAGAGGGAAUCAACUGAGUAACAUGUACUGGCAUUAAAACACAAAGAUACUUAAAGAGAACUUUCCAAAAUGAGAAGUUAAUUAGCAAGCUAAGAAUAGCUCUGACAAAUAAGUUAAUAUAGACAAAAGAGUGUUGUUUACGUUCGAGUUAAGGCAAAUUUCAUAUCUCCUUUUCUAGGCCACCCUUAUUUGUAGUUUUAUCAGAUAACAAUGCACACUUAAGAUAGUAAAUGAUGAGCUGAGCCAUUGCUCAGUAUUAUGUGAUGUUUGCAAAUGCAGUUGUAUAGGGCGAUUGACCAGAGUAUGGAAGUUUUCUAAGGCUGCAGUUAUAAAGAUAAUAUAAUGUAAGACUCAGUGGACAGUGGGGUUCAUUUCUGAGUAGGCUUCCUUAGGAUUGUAGUGGACAAUAAGAAAAGGAUGAGAUUAAAAUGCUUAUAGUUAGAUGUACAUUAUAUAAUCAGGGGAAUCCUCUUUGAAAAGUACCAUUUUCCAGGGAAAAGAAUAAUAGAAAACCCCCAAAACCUCCAUUGCAAGUUAGUGUCUAAACUAUUUUCAUAACACACGAACGUACAACAGUGGGUUACAAGAGCACCCCACUGUUGGUCAUGAAUACCAGGGCUGCAUUCAUAUAUUUUUAAUGGGAUUUUUGAAAUUGGUUUUCAAGUGGUUUCAGAGAGUUCUCAAGUUACAACUACAGCUGGGACAGAAUUUCCAUCACUAAGUGAUGUGGUUGCUAAGUGAGUCACUUAUGACCUUUCCUGCCACAGCCUUUAAGCAAAUCAUACAGUUGUUAAGCGAAUCAGGCUUCCCUCAUUUGACUUUGUCAGAAAUCCCCUGGGAAGGUUGCAAAUGGUGGUCAUGUGACCUUGGGACCCUGCAACCAUUGUGAUUAUAAUGCCAGCUGCUAAAUGUCUGGAUUUUGAUCAUGUGAUUGCAUUGUCACAUGAUGGUCUUAAGUGCAAGGGCUGGUUAUAAGUCACUUUUUUUCAGCGUGAUUGUAACUGCGAAUGGUUGUCAAACAAUGAUUGUGAGUCGAGGACUACCGGUAAUUUUAUUGAAAAAGCUGAAAUGUACAGGAUUUCUCACUAAUUCUCAUCUCUUUCUGACUUCAUGUAAUGAAAUGCAAAAAGUUUGCUUCUCAAAAGUAAUUAAAGUAUUAGCCAGAAUCCAACACAAGGGGGCAAUAUGGAAGCCCUUUUAUCACUAACCUAAAGAACAUAUUUACUUCUGUGUUAUUAAUAUAAUUUGUGUGUUAUUAUGCAGGGCAAGAUCAGAUUGUUAGGUUAUACAAUUAUAUGAUUUUUUUAAAAAAAUGGAUUAGAAGAACAAAUGCAAAUUAUAACUGAUUUACCAACAUUCUGUGGUCGGAACUUUUUAUAGCACAUCUGUGCUACACAUACAAACACAUUCUAUUCAUUAUUGUAAAAGUAAGGAACAGAAAGACUAACGUUAUAAUUUAAACUAGCACCUGAAUUUUAAAUACUUGUAUAUUUUGAUUUCCUUCUGAUUCAAUAAACAUUAUUUAAGAAACCCUA